AUGGCCAAGCACGACCCCGACGGCCCCCCCGCCUACUUUGGCAACGGCUCUGAUGGCCCUGGCAAGGACAAGGGCCUCCCCAUCAUCCCCUCCUUUUCCUCCCAAACCCAGGCGCUCUACGCCUGUCUCCAUCUGAGUAGAGAAGACCGAAUCCGCCUCCUCGGUUUCCCGCCCCAUAUGGUAGAGGUGAUGCGCAAUACCCUCACCAUUGCUUGGCCGGUCGGCUUGCAGAAUUCCGAAGGUGGACCGGGGUGGCACGAGUUCAAGCUGCGCGGUAAUCCUUGGUUUGGACAGGGGCGCGAGGCCGUGCCAGCCAAGCGGCUUAUGAUUCACAUUCUCCAUGCCAUGGCUAAUGCUGGGUGGCAUCUCGCUGCGUCGACCGAUCUGUCAAAGAAGAAUUGGGAUAAGGAUAGCCUCAUGUUCCGCGCUGGACCGCCAGCGCAUCGCAUCAUGUUCGCAGUCACUUUUAAUGAAACGGAUAAGAUUCGUAUCAUCGAUCCGCCAAACGAAAGUGUUCAGCAGGCGUUCAUCCAGACUGUGGUCAACUCGUGGCGGGGCGGCAUCCAGAACCAGAAGUUGAAGGAAGAGCGGUGUUACCAGAUCAAGCUCCGCGGUAAUCCAUGGUACGCCUCCUCGGCACAGCAAGUCAACGACGCGCGCUUCCUGGCCCUACAGCUCCUCACAACCUUUGACAAUCUCGGUUAUGAGCUCUGUGCUACUAUAGACAUGAACACGGGCGCAAGCGAGGAUAACCGCGAUAGUACGUUGUACAUGCUCGACGCGCAGCUGAUCGCAGUGGACGCGUGGUUCUUCGCGGCCAAGAUGUAG